GGAGGAGGAGGAGGAGAGGAGCUGAGAUGCCCUUACCUGAGCCUGUGUGACAGACCAGCUGCCUCUGAGACCCAGAGACCUUCCCAGCAGAACAGUAGCCAUGCAGUGAAGAAUGUCUUACUCAGCCAAACUUAGUCCUGUGCCGACUGGUUCUCCGACGCUCAACCACCCUUCACAAGGCACAAAGCAUGGGCCAAUUAUGUCAAAGACUCCACAGGGGAUAACCAUCCAAUUAACCAAAGUGCAAAGUGAAGAAAACUGGGAGGACUUGGAUGAGAGUGAGCUCAUCUUUACAUUGGAUCAAGAUGAGGAUGAAGCGGUAGUAAGCUAUGUAACUGCCAAAACUACGGCUCCAGUAUAUGGACAGUCCAGCAGUCAAGAUGGCACUGUGGUCAAUGAGCUGGCCCUUGCUGCUUAUGAGUGUGCGGGUGAUGUUUUGCUGUCCACUGAGACCCAAAGAUGCAGCUCCCCCCUAUUGCCAAGUUCACCUACAUCCAAACCUCUCAUUAACUUAGUGAAGUCCGUCUCAACAGAAAUCGAUGUUAAGGACCCUUCGCCUCACAAACCUCAUCUGUUUGUGAACUUGGUCAAGUCCAUCUCUACAGAAAUCUCCAGACUGGAACCAGAAGUAACACAGUCCAAGUCAGACUCUAAGCUCAAUGUCCAUCUUUGGCGACAGAUAACGCAACCCAAGGGUAAGAAUGGGGACUCUAGGACAGCUCCAUCAUCCCCUAGCAUGUCGCCUUCUGACAGCAAAGGAAUGUUUUUCAAUGUUCUGGAGGUAGAAGCCAAGUUAGAAGACACUAGAAGGAGAUUGUCAGAAGCUAUGCAAGAACCAUUGAGUAUGCUCAGUAAAAUAAUUGGUGAGGAGACAAGCCCAAGCCCUAAGUAUAGGACUGUCCCCCCAAUGUUCUCUACCCAGGAAUCCCCAACAAGUCAAUUAAGAAAUCAUGGCCUUUUUGAGUCAAAGAACACCCUUUCCAGUUGUGAGAGGUUAGAAGAGGGAGAAAUUGUGGACUCUGCAGAGAGUACUGAAGCUGUCCACAGAGAAACAUCUAAAAACUUCUGCAAAUAUAAGAUUUGCUCCUAUGGUGACAUGAUACAGGUUGUAGAACUAACCACCAAUGAGGAAGGGGAAGACCAAGAUUUGCCUCUACCCAUGGGUGUCUGCCAUACUCCUCCACCUAACAAUGAUGUGCCAUGCAGUGCCCUCAUUUGUGUUGCCAUCCUGGCCUAUAACUUCUUCAUCUGGCCUCUCCCUGCCUACAUUUCUGGGCUCUUCAUGGGUAUCGCUAGUGGAUUUGUCUUGGGAUUUUUUAUGGUUUUAUUGGUGGUCCCCAAACCUUCCUGUUCUGCCAGACACAGGCGUUUCCUACAGGAAAGUUCAAAAUCUCUUUUAGCAACGCAGAAACUCCAGGAGCUUGGUGUUCUACAGGGAUGGAUGAAUGAGAUGUUUUCUUAUGACCCUGAGACCUAUCACCCAGCUCUUACCCACUCUGUGUUUGUGAUCCUGGAAGGGACGACUUUAAAACGAUGUUACCCCAAGAGCAACCUGCCUCGAAGGUCAAUCUUUGGUGAAGAGACCCCGGAGCCUGUGGCAUUUGUCAGUGAAAAGACCAGUGACUUGUCACAUGCCCAGGUCUUUCUGUAUCCCUUUGGACUGGCAAAGAAGAGACUUUGGAACAAAAAGUAUCCGAUCUGCAUCCAGCUGUGUGAGAGCGAAGAUCUAGACCUCCAGACCCUAGAACCCGGAGACAGAGAAAUUGAGAGCGUGGAACCUCAGAGGCAGGAUACAGAAGACUCCCAGAAGAUAACUGGGGAGUGCAAGGCAGGGACAUUAUAUCUGUUUGGCAGAACAGGUAGAGACAAGGAGGAAUGGUAUCAGCACCUAGUCAGAGCCUCACGUGGGUCCACGGAUGGAAAGCAAAAUGCCAGCAGAGGUGACAGCAAGACAGGGUCCCUGCUAAACCCCCUAUCGAGCCCGUGCAGCUGGGGGGGAACCAGCAACAGCAGCGGAGAGAGCACAGAGGACAUUCCCUAUGUCAUCAAACCCAGAGACUUGGCAGGGAAAGUCAGGCAGAAAAUCCUCCUGGACUACACAGCCUACAUAUCCCGCUUCAUCCCAGCGGAGAAAAGCAGCCCCAUCUCGAGCCCCCAGCAGAGCAAUGCCAGCAGCCCCACCCCUGGGAACAAGCACCCCGUGGAGUUCUCUCUUUUCAGUAACCCCCACGUCUGCUGGAUAAACGCAUUCAUUGGACGGACAUUCUGGGACUUCCUGAGGGAGAAAUAUUGGGAGGAGAUUGUGGCCAAUAAAAUCCAGAAAAAGCUAACUAAAAUCAAGCUGCCAAACUUUAUGAAUGAGCUGACACUGACAGACCUGGACAUGGGAACCUCUCUGCCCCAGGUUCUCUCUAUCUCUACCCCUAGUGUAAAUGAGAGAGGGCUGUGGAUGGAUAUGGAAGUUACUUACAGUGGUUCCUUACAAGUGACGCUGGAGACAAAGAUGAAUUUGUCCAGAUUAGGAAAAGAAGCCGCCAUGGAGGAGCAUCGGCCAUAUGAAAGCAGGAGACACAGUGCAAUGAUGCCAAGAGCCAGGAUUUUCACCGAUAGUGACGAGGAAUCCUCCAGUGCCGGCUCAUCGGAAGAUGAAGAGAUCCCAGUGGCAGAGACAACAGGAAUCUUGGGGGACAGAGCCAACCUGAAUAAUGCUGAGAGCUUUACAGGUGGAAACAGCACGAGCCGCAGGAUCCUCCGCUUCGUAGAUAAAAUCGCCAAGUCUCGAUAUUUCCAAAAAGCAACAGAGAAUGAAUAUAUUAAGAGGAAAAUAGAGGAGGUGUCCAACACCCCCCUGCUGCUGACUGUUGAGUUUCAGGAGCUUGGGGGGACUUUGGCUGUGAAUGUCCCCCCUCCGCCUACAGACCGCAUAUGGUACAGCUUCCGAACACCACCACAAGUGGAGAUGAAGGUUCGGCCGAAGCUUGGAGAAAGAGAGGUGACAUUUAUACACGUGACCGAGUGGAUAGAGAAGAAGCUUCUAGAUGAGUUCCAGAAAAUCUUAGUGAUGCCAAACAUGGACGACUUGUUAUUUCCAAUCAUGCAGUCUGGAGUGGACAGCCCCAGGCAGAUGCAGACUGAUCCAUCAAAGCCAGGGUCGCUGUGAGCAGACGGGAGAGGCGCCCUGCAUGGCCCUUUAGUCACAGCGUAGUAAACGGGCAGGACUGAAAUGCAUGAACGGUUCCAGGACCAAACCGAGGAGCUUAUUUGCACAGAAUGAAACACACGGCAGAUGAUGGGUUGCGAACCAGAUCUAUGGAGACCAAACCCUUUCAGAGCUGGACUUCAGUAAGAUGGCGCCAGGAACCAGGACACAUCUGUACUCAUAUUCAUAAUUCCACAGAAUCGUAUAUAUGCGGACACUGAUACGUGGUGUAUGCUCUUUUAAUCCAGCGUUUUAACUUUGGCUACAGAUGCAGAGGAGAAGAGGUCCUACUUUUAGAAGUAAUGGCUGAGAUGCUGGGUUGCUCUUUAAAGUUAUGUAGACUUUAUGCCAGCACAGUGGAGGUAGUCAUUGUGUGUCCUGAUGACAUUGCAGCCUAUCCCGCUCAUUGUAACUAGUGGAAUGUUCAUUUACUAGGGAUUAGUGACCACUGAGCCAUGAAGCUCUGAUCUGCCCCACAGGCCCCUGUAAAAUAUCAAGCUGUCCAGAACUACAUCAUAAAGCAUCUUGUCUUCAGCUACUGUUAGUGGUAGUAACAGCACACGGUGCAGGGGAAGGGACAUCCCUCUUAGAAGGCGGAGUCUCCAGAGCAAAGAACAAGGACCGUGUUCAAAAUAUUAAAUUGCAUGACUUCUGCCUCCACUACCAGCACCCUUGAGGUCAGUUAUUGCCCUCUGCUUAGUGGAGGCGGUAAUACAAGGAAAUGGGAGGGAAAGUUCUGGGCAAUUGGAAGCCCCCCUCUAAGUGCAUGGAGAUGAAGAUCAGAAGGUUGUAAAAGAAGCUCUUGUAUGACCUCUCUUAUCAGAGCUCACUUACUACAAAGUCAGCAGUUGCUCUCCUUCCAGUGGCCCGUCGCUGGUUUAGUAAAAUGGUCCUGCUGCCAUAUACCACAGUGAUAUCAGUGGUACUUACUGAAUUGAUUUGCUGCAUUGUCAUAAACAAAUGGCUCCACCCACUGUGUGCACAGGUACAUUACAUGGUUGGGUUAUUUAAAUCUUGAAUAGUAGAAACUCCAAGCAAUAAAAUAUCAUUUUGUACUAUGUAAAAUACGCAUACAAUCCAUUAUGGACGUUGCUAUUCCAUUUCCACCUACCAAACCGACCAGCCGUAAUGGUGAGACUCUAUCUUUUACUGAAGGACAUACAUUUUAGGUAGUCAAGUACCUCUUUGUCCUCUGUCUGUCUGUCUGUCUGUAUGUACUGAAUAAACAGGCCCCACCCCUCUA